AUGAUGGACUCAAGCGGAGCUUCACUGCCGUCGGGCCCCGACGCAACGAAGCGGCGCGUGAGCUACUUCUACGAGCCCACCGUCGGCGACUACUACUACGGCCAAGGCCACCCCAUGAAGCCCCACCGCAUCCGCAUGGCCCACAACCUGAUCGUCCACUACGGCCUCCACCGCCGCAUGGAGAUCAACCGCCCCUUCCCCGCCGCCCCCGCCGACAUCAGAAAGUUCCACUCCGACGACUACGUCGACUUCCUCGCCUCCGUCUCCCCCGAAACCCUCUCCGACGCCGUCCACUCCCGCCACCUCAAGCGCUUCAACGUCGGCGAGGACUGCCCCGUCUUCGACGGCCUCUUCGGCUUCUGCCAGGCCUCCUCCGGCGGCUCUAUCGGCGCCGCCGUCAAGCUGAACCGGACCGACUGCGAUAUCGCCAUCAAUUGGGCCGGCGGUCUCCACCAUGCCAAGAAGUCUGAGGCCUCAGGGUUUUGCUACGUCAACGACAUCGUGCUCGGCAUUCUGGAGCUUCUCAAGGUUCACAGGCGUGUUCUUUAUAUAGACAUUGAUGUGCACCACGGAGAUGGAGUUGAGGAGGCAUUUUACACCACUGACAGGGUAAUGACCGUGUCCUUCCAUAAGUUUGGCGAUUUCUUUCCAGGGACUGGGCAUAUCAAGGAUGUCGGAGCAGGGCCUGGGAAAAAUUAUGCCUUGAAUGUCCCACUGAAUGAUGGCAUGGAUGACGAGAAUUUUCGGAGUCUGUUUAGGCCCCUCAUCCAGAAGGUCAUGGAGAUGUAUCAGCCAGAUGCAGUUGUUCUUCAGUGUGGAGCAGAUUCACUGUCUGGUGAUCGGUUGGGGUGCUUCAACUUAUCUGUCAAAGGUCAUGCUGAUUGUCUUCGCUAUCUUCGUUCAUUCAAUGUUCCUUUGAUGGUUUUGGGCGGUGGAGGAUACACGAUCAGGAAUGUUGCUCGUUGCUGGUGCUAUGAGACAGCUGUUGCUGUUGGGGUGGAGCCUGAAAAUAAACUGCCUUACAAUGAAUACUAUGAGUAUUUUGGCCCAGAUUACACUCUACACGUUGACACUUGCAACAUGGAGAACCUAAACACACCCAAAGACAUGGAGAAUAUAAGGAAUACACUGCUGGAGCAACUCUCUAGGUUACCUCAUACACCAAGUGUCCCUUUCCAGACAACACCACCAAUUACAGAAGUCCCAGAGGAGGCAGAAGAGCGCAUGGACCACAGACCAAAGCGUCGCAUUUGGGAUGGCGUGGACUAUGAUUCUGAUCCGGAUGACGAUGAUGAGAAGCCUUGGAAUCCUGCUGGUCUCCGUGGUUUUGAUAUGGGAAUGAGGGAUGAUCCUGAUGAGAUGGAAGAAGAUGAAGAUCAUCCUCCGUGUUGUUAGCUUGGAUUUCUGUAGCUAAUCGUCUUCUUACCCUGUAUCACGUAGACAAGUCUUCCCCAUACCGUAAAACAUUUUAUGAAGGACCGAGCUCAAUUCUCAAGUCAUAUCGAUAUAUUAGAAAGACAUAAAUUUAGAGUAGGCUGUAGGCACAGUUCAAUCGCCCCUUGACUCCUUGUGGUUUGUUACAUUGAGCCCUUAUGUCUGGUAUUACCUUGUGUAAAACCUAAACAGUUUGGUUCACAGAUGAAUAUCAAUACUCACAAUGUGCAGAGUUAACCCUUCUCGUUAUUCUAAAGAUUAGCAUCUUUUAUAGUC